UUAAGGCGGGGCGGAGUUGCCGGAGAGGAGGCCCGCCCUCUCGCCGUAGGAGGGCUCUCUCUGACAGGAAGAAGAGGGUUAGUGACUGGCAGUGGGUUUCUACGAAAGCCGGGUUGCGUCUUCUCUAUCUGGUCCUUCACUAACCUCCGGAUAUAUGGCUAAAAAGGGCAUGAACCUGUGUAACGUGUGCUGCUUGCUUCUUUAUGUCGCCACGGCGGUGCUCGCCGGUCGAGAUUUCUAUAAGAUUUUGGGGGUGAGCAAGACGGCAUCAAUAAGAGACAUUAAGAAGGCCUACAGGAAGCUGGCUCUGCAGCUGCACCCCGACAGGAACCAGGACGACCCCAAAGCUCAGGACAAAUUUGCGGAUUUAGGAGCAGCUUAUGAGGUCCUCUCAGAUGAAGAAAAGAGGAAACAGUAUGAUAUGUAUGGAGAAGACGGACUCAAGGAAGGCCACCAUAGCUCUCACAAUGACAUCUUCUCCAGCUUCUUUGGAGACUUUGGCUUCAUGUUCGGAGGCAACCGGCAGCAACAGGACAAGAACAUCCCCAGAGGAAAUGACAUAAUACUUGAUCUGGAGGUCACGCUUGAGGAGGUGUACUCGGGGAACUUUGUGGAGGUUGUGCGUAACAAGCCUGUAGCCAAAGAAGCUCCUGGUAAAAGAAAGUGUAACUGCAGACAGGAGAUGAAGACCACACAGCUGGGACCGGGACGCUUCCAGAUGACUCAGGAGACCGUGUGCGACGAGUGUCCCAACGUAAAGUUAGUAAACGAGGAGCGAACCUUGGAGGUAGAGAUUGAGCAGGGAGUGAGAGAUGAGAUGGAGUAUCCCUUCAUUGGAGAAGGUGAACCUCACAUUGAUGGUGAGCCUGGAGACCUACGAUUCCGCAUCAAAGUGUUGAAACAUCCCGUGUUUGAACGCAGAGGAGAUGACCUGUUCACCAAUGUCACCAUUUCUCUGGUGGAGGCGCUGGUUGGCUUUGAGAUGGACAUCGUUCAUUUGGACGGACACAAGGUGCAUAUAGUAAGAGACAAAAUCACUAAGCCUGGUGCUCGAAUGUGGAAGAAAGGAGAGGGUCUACCAAACUUUGACAACAUCAACAUCCGAGGUUCCCUCAUCAUCACCUUUGACGUAGAGUUUCCUCAGACACAACUUGAUGAUCAGCAAAAAGAUGGUAUCCGGGGCCUCCUGAAGCAGGGAUCUGUACAGAAAGUUUAUAAUGGGCUACAAGGAUACUAAACUCACCACUGGAGCCCCUGGAUUGACUUUCUUUUUUACACACACACACACACACACACACACACACACACACACACACACACACACACACACACACACACACACACACACACACACAGGGUUUAUUUAUUUCCGGACUGUUCUCAGGACGGUAACCUCCAGUCGGGCUGCAGUUUUUAAACAUCACGUGAAAAGCAGCUGCAGAUUUUUUUAUUUUCAGGAUUCCAGACCUGAGAACUUGUCCCGUUUUAGUCCCACACGGUUUACUGUAACACUGGUUGAUUUGAAAAUCCGUCUGAUGCUGGUGCUCGUCUACAGGGGCCGCCCCCGCAGCGGCGGGAGGAGGAGGAGCCUCUGCUAAUAUGUCACAACUACAGCUGAAACAUUAGGACCUUUUUUAAAGCCGGUAAUCAGUUUUAUAAAUUGAAAGCAGCACUUGUUGAGUCAUCUGGUAUAUUAAGUUCAUCUACAUUUUGUAAAUAAGAAAGAAGACGGGUUUCGUUUUCCUUAUUUAUGUUGUCUGUCUUAGUUUGACUCCGUCUGCCUCCCGGUUCACCAAGUUAAGAGUUGAUCUCUUCAACUGUGAACACAGCUUUUUCUUGAUUUCUGAGGUAAAACGCUUCGCUCCCCCUCUGACACGACUUGGAAGUCACGUUUCUUUGCUGCUCUUACGCUCGCUCGAGACUCGAAGGGACUUCAGACCAAGUGCCAGUGCCCUCCCUGGAAGCAACUGACUGGUUUCUGUUUUAGAUUUCCUUUUGACUGCAACACUGCCUCCUACCUUUGAGAGCACGAGUCAUCCUGGCCUUUUUACUGACAGAUUUCUACAAAUUUGGUGAGCUGUCAUACCAACAUCUACCACGAGAUAGAGCCACAGUAAAGUCAAUGGCGGCUUUACAGUUGGACAAUCCUAAACGCAGGAUGUUGUGUGAUUAUUCUGCAGCGAGACAGACCUAAGGCCUAACCAAUUUGUUUCACCUGAUCACCAAUAAACCGUGAGCUAGA